AUGAAGAUUAGCUUAUUUAAAUUACUUGGAGCCGUGUCAACCAUUGUCAGCAGUGGUGUAAUUGGUGUAUCUGCCAAUAGUUUUGCAGGCGCAAGCUCGUACUUUUUGUACACUCUUCAACAAAGUGAUCGUCUUGCUGUAUUGGAUGCUAUGCAAGCGGCUGGACUGAAGACAUUGCGAAUUUUCAUUACUGAGGUAGCUCAAAAUAUCAAAGGAUGCACUAACAGCGCUGUAAACGAUGUUGAAGUUGGAACACCCGGCAAUUGGGAUGAUACUAUCCUUGGUAUGAUUGAUACUCUGAUUUCUGAAGCUAUGCCGCGAGGUAUCAAGCUCAUUAUUGCUCCUCACGAUCGAUAUGCUCUCGGUUGCUGGCAAAGUGAUGUGUACGUUUCCAAGUACAACAUCCCUACUACUAAUUGUGCCACUGCUACCAACGAUGCUUCUAUCUUCUACACGAAUGCCAACGCAAUUGCAGACUACGACAACCGCUUAAAGCACAUCUUGGCACACAAGUACACUGAUGGUACACCAUGGUCUCAAUUAUCAAAUGGUAUCUUUGCUUUUAACAUAGAAAACGAAGCAAUGGGGCACAUGAAUAUGGCGGAUAAUCAGUGGUGGUGCCAUCGCUCCGGUACAAUCAGAACUGCGCUUGGCAGCAGCAGCAUCUAUGUCAGUACUGGUGGCGGCGCAGACUGGACUGACAGCUUGAAUUACUACAAUUUCUAUUGUACGGACAUUGAUAUCAUUGGUAUCCACAGUUACGACGGCACGUCAGCAAUCAAUAGCAAUUUGCCUGGAGCUAUCAAUACAGCCAAACAGCAAGGAAAACUACUCAUGAUGGAGGAGUGGGGAGUCACUGGUAACGAUGCUACCAAAGCUUCCGGUAUGGCCUCUCAAAUCCAGGCCCUAAAUGGAUACGGUGUACCAUGGUCGCUGUGGGAAGUCGUCAAGCCGUCCUCUACCGAUUUUGAAACAUUCACAGACCAAACUCAAGCCUGGAGCGCCAUCAAGGCUGGUGCCCAAGCUGCAAACAGUGCCAGUGGCGCCUUUAGUUUCCAUAAUGUAUAGCUAACCAGCCCUGCAGUAUUUUUUUUACAUAACUUUCGCGUCAUACUUGUUCACAUUCUCACCCAAAGAGUCCACACGUGAC